CAGCUCUAGCCAGCUAGUUGUUUUGUGGCCAGGGGCAAGAAUACAAUCGCUCCAGGUGGUACAUGUUGCUGGGAAGGAGGAGCUGAAGGAGGAAUGCUUGCAUGGAUUGAAGGGAUUGAAUCUUGAGCGUCAAAAGAUAGAUUUGGUGUCGAGCGGUACCCGUAGUGCCUCUGAAGUGGUACGGUACUCAAAGAUCUCCACAAGGCACGGCUGAACCAAAGAUCCUGGCACUUCAACCCACUACCGCACUUGGCUACCUUGACACCCGAUCUGACAAAUCAAAAAGCAAAGAGGACCUGUUGAAUGAUAUGCCAGGCCCCAUCAUCUUCCUCGGCCUCACAAUUAAUCUCUACUAGAAUAGCUACAGCAUAGUUUCUUUCUCAUUUUCUCGAUUUUCUAAAGAUCCAAUCAACAGCACAAAAUGGUUCAACUCAAGAGUCUUAUCAUCGCCACCUUCGUGACGGCUUCCUCUGGAUUCUCUCUAUUGGAUAGCAAGGCACCACAGCCAACAACCACCGCGGGAACGGACCGUCGUUCCUUGCUGCUCGGAGGAGCUGCUGCUUUGAUAUCUGCUGCAACUGUCACCGCCGCCAACCCACAACCUGCCAAUGCUGCACUGGGAGCAGGCACACCUGUCGGAAGAGAAAUUGGCACUUUCAACUCACUAAUCGACAACCUCAAGAACAUCGAUCUCGGAGGAGGUCUCGAUGCGUCAAAGCUGAAUGAGCCAAGUGUUCCAUUCAGUGAAUUUGGUGAAAAGUUAAAAAACGGUGAGGUAGCUUUUGUUGAGUUCAUGGCGCCCAGUGGAGAUGUGGCCUACGCUACCUUCAAAGGAAAGAAAGAUAAAGAGGAGAGGAUCCGUAUUGGCCAAGGAUACCCCAUCAGCAAGAAGGGAUCUUGGAGUAGCCCAGACUAUGUCAUUCGAGCCGUCAGCAACUUUGGCGUCCCCUACAAAUUCACAGUCCCCGCAUUGGCCAAGUACAACAAGAAAAAAUAAACCAGCAGUUAGUUGUUCAUGCACAUGAUGAAGCCAGGCUGAGCGCCAUUCUCCAGAGUACAUGUGCCAUUGAAGAACGCAAUGAGGGGCACGAGAGCAACUCCAUCCAUACAGUGCAAAAGGCAGUCGCAAGAAUAUUCGAAGUUGCUAUUCUUUCUAAGUUAUUCUUCUACUAGUCCUAUCUUUCUUCAUUUC